AGGCGGAGUCAGCAGCUUUAAACACUCUCAGUCUCCAGAUCAGAUCUCAGUUUGUUUAGACUGGAACACAUUUCAGACCAGCGGAUCUCCAUCGGACCAUCAUGAAGUCCUCUACUGUCUUUUGGGUUCUGGUUCCAGUUCUGACGGUCCUCUCGGUGCUGUCAGCCCGGGUCCAAGCAGGUCCGGGCUGUGGACCCUGUGACCCAGCUCAGUGUGCUCCUCUCCCGGGGGAGGGCUGCCCUGCCGGCUCUCUGCUGGAUUCCUGCGGUUGCUGCUCGGUGUGCGCAGCUAUGGAGGGAGAGCUGUGUGGUGGGCGCCGCGCCUCAGCUCGUCGCUGUGGCUCCGGGCUGGAGUGCAUCAAAAGGGACGAGGACAAGAAGAACAAGCUGGGAAUCUGCGCCUGUAAGAGCAGCUAUGAAGUCUGCGGAACCAACGGGCUGACGUACCGGAGCGGCUGUGCACUGAAGAGCGCCAGCCUGACAGCAGAGUCUGAAGGCAGUGACCCCAUUCACAUUCAGAACAAGGGCCGCUGCCCCACAGCUCCAAUCAUUGUCACUCCACCAGGUGAGGUCUACAAUGUGAGUGGCUCUCAGGUGUACCUGAGCUGUGAGGCGGUGGGUGUGCCAACACCUGUACUCACCUGGAAGAAGAUCCUUGGUGGAAGAAAGAGGAUGGAGCUUCUUCCUGGAGACAGGGACAACCUUGCGAUUCAAACAAGAGGAGGACCAGAGAAACAUGAAGUGACCGGCUGGGUCCUGAUCUCCCCUCUGACCAAAGAGGAGGAAGGAUCGUACGAGUGUCACGCCACCAACUCCCAGGGAGAAGCUUCAGCUGUUGGAGCCAUUCACCUGGUCGAGUCCAUUGAUGACAUCACCAUCAAGAAAGUGACGAAGGAAGACGAGCUGUGAUCAGCUGAUCAGAGAUCAGUGAAGACGAUCAUCAGCAAACAGCUGAACGGGAUGUUUUUAUUCUGAUUUUCCCUUUCAUGUAGUUCUGAAUAAACAAACACUAUUAGUUUGAAUUGAAAUUAAAAUUUUGUUGAUCGAUCAUUGAUCGAUUGUUAUUGUUUUAGUUUCGUGAUUCUUUUUCAGUUUUUUAGAUGAAAUCGUAUUUUGUUUCUGUACUUUCAGGACUGAAAUGUAGUUAAACCUGUUAUAACAGUUUCUAUUUUUAUCAUUUAUUAUGUACCACAGAUGUAGAUGUAACCAUUGCAACACAACUUUCAAUAAACAUAGAAAUGUUGAUUCUUUAAUCAGUAAGAAUGAAAU